AUGCCUGUGCUAUCAACACCUGAACCAGCUAAUUUAACCGCCACGAAAAACGCUUUCAUCUCGGCCGUCCAAUUCGCCACAUCUUCCAACGGCCCGUGCCCCACUCUAGGGUACGGUCCACGGGUCUCGGCCCAGGAGCAGGUGGAAUACAUGCUGGCUAACGACGAGUGCUCGCUCUCCUCCAACCAUGACAUUUUAUCGGAGGCCAGAACAGCCCUUUCCCGGACCCUCUCGUCGUUCGAGCGCCAGCUGUCGGAAUCUUCCGAGGAAGGGAUCGCUCGGGGCCUCUUGGAUCUCGAAUGGAUGUGUGGCGUCUCACCGAGGAUGGGCCUCAUGGCCGAGUUCGUCUCCGGGUGGAUCGACUCGUCGGAGAGAAUUCUAAAGGCUGUUGAGGCCCGUGGGCUUGGGCAGGGCUUUCGGGCCGGGAUUGCGCGGGUAGUGUAUAGGGUGUUGGAUGCGGUAGGGUACGGGAGUGUUAUCCUGCGGGCCGCGGGUCGGGUGAGGUUGUUGAAGCUGUGGGUGCCGUUUGUGAGGCGCUCGAGGGAUGAGGUGCUCGACGGGUGGUUGGAAGGGGAGCGGGAUGGGGAUGUGUGGGAAGGGAUAGAAGGGGCGAUUGUGUCAAUAGUGUCGGGAUUGCCGUCAGAUGAUCAGGCGGAGAUUCUGGAGGAGUGGAUGGACGGUGGUGAUCGGGCGAGGUACCCGGAUUUGAGUGAGGCUUUCGAGGUGUGGUGUUUUAGGAGCAAGUCUGCUAAGAGGAGGUUGGGUUUUAGUAUAGUCUAA